AUGUUUGGAGGAUUUGCCCCCCCGCAGCAGUCUCCUGAGGAGAUCCGCGCCAUGGAAGCUGAGGCUACCUUUACCGUGCAGCAAGUCGUGGCUACCGCGUUCAUGUUGUAUCUCUCCCCAUUUGCCAUCGACAUGGCCAGCAGAAUCUUUUGA